AAAAAAAAACCAUCGCUCAGAAACUAGCGUUUGAUAGCUGAGUACCAUGACAUUGGUGGUAGAAGUUGAUACUGGAUUAAGCAGCGUCGAUGGGGGGGGGGGGGCAAAUACGAGGUCAGAUGUGAUAGGAGCUGGAGUCUCCUUAGUUCGAGAAGCAGCAACAAGAAUCACAGCUGCUCGCGGCCAAACGCCACGUGGAGCGACGACGACGUCGAAGAGUUUUUCAGGCUUCGUUCAAAAACACGAAGGACACGAAGAGGAUCAAGUACGCCUGGUCCGUCCUGGCGUCUACGCUCUCCGUUAAUCGCCACAAAGUGUUUACCGAUCAGCAUUAUCAAGCCAAGAACAUGAAGCAGAAAUGGGCUUCAGCUCGGGAAGAGGAAGGACAAACAGGCAAUGGAGGCCCUGUCCGUCGUUCCAAUCAUUUUUGCAUUAUGGAAGUCUACUGGGGCGAUGCGACGGGCAUGAACAACAGUCCUCAUCUCAGCACCGAGGACAUGGACACUAUUGCAGCUGCAUGAGAAGCCAGCAGAGCAACAUCACUGCCCUCGUCCCCCGAUUCCAGUUCAAGACGAAUUCUCGUAUCGGAAUUGCGCGCGGGUCCCUCUACCAAGCGCUUGAAUCGCAGCCAAGGUGAAUGCGUUGAGGCCGGGUUAGGUGCCGUUGCCAAAGGAUUUAGUGAGGGGAUGGAAGCACUUGCAAAAGGGCUAGCCCAAGUGCGAGACGAUGGUAGUGAAGGGCUUACUGCAGCUGUAGGAAAAACAGACAAACGCGCUACAGGAGCAGAGUGACCGCGCUAAUACCCAAUCCGAGCAGCUUGCAAACUUUGAAUGAACAGCUCAGAGUGCAAAACGAAACCUUUUUUUUUCGAGAGCUGCUGCAGUUUAUUCAUCACGAGUACUAGCAACAGACAAUAGCUACUAGAGUUAAUUUGUCGGAAAUACGAAGCUAGCAAGCUACACAGAAUCAAAUGAUUCAGUGAAAUCCAGA